AUGUUCAACAGUACUAACCAUUUUACUAUAUUUUCAUAUAAAAAGAAAAGAAUCCCUCUUGAUCCUUCUAAAAUCUAUCCAUCAUCUACUGUGUCGCAAAAGGAGCACAUCGGGUGGCUAGAUAUUGGAAGACAGGAAGAUUCCAGACCUGCUAUUAUUAAUAGCGAACGUCUGAAGAAUAUUGUUUCCCAACUGGACAAUCCGAAAGAAAAAUACCCAUCUGUCUGUGCGUACAUAGGUGGCCGUUGUAAGGACCACAUUCUCCAGAAAUUAUACCCUUGGAAUAAUAUUAAGCGCCAUGUUUCGAGCUACAAGGUGAGGCUGAGGAGUGACGUUGCUUCCUUGGGCUGCCGGCAGCCAACUCUCUUUGUAGAUGGGGACAUCGGUCAAAAUGAUCGCAAAUCACCGUUGAAACGGCUAAGCGCCGGGGUGGGUCACCCCAUCUUUUGGGAAUGCGGCUCGGCUCAGGACGUGUUGCUUGUGUUGUGGGCGCAGUUGGUAUUUUUGUUUACGGAUGUUAUUUGCAUAUUUUUGAAUGAUUUCCCUGAUCACGAAAAAAUCCUGGAGCUGUUGACCAUAUUCUCAAACGUCCGACCCGCCCACUCUCUUUUAGCUAGGCUUUUACCACGACUUAUUUUGAUAUCCGAAGGAGAACGGGAUGAUGGUAGAGGCAAUACCCCAGCAUUCACGUUACACAAGAUGCUCCACGAGCCGGAAUUUGCUAGCGUUUGUGGAUCUUUCGCGGAGAUUACGACGGUACAUCUCAAACCAACGGCGCUAUCUGAUACCGCACGCUGCGAGCCAUUAAGAGCUCUUGUGGGGCGGGAGCUAGACGCAACGAGAUCCGUGCGAGAGAAGCAGCGAGUCCGACCUAAUGCCGAACAGAUGGCGGAUCUCUUCCAGGCCGCGUUUCAGCAACUCCUGGUGAAUCCUUCAACCCCUUUUGACUUGAUCUGGGCUACCAGAGCGAUCUAUACAGUGAACCCCUAUAUAAAACCCAAUGUCGUUUACUACCUCGACGCUUGUGUUAAGGCAGGAGUGCGCGGGCCGCACAUCGCACCAACAAUUGCCUCUGCCGUGUUGAUGGACAAUUAUGUCCCUGGGAUGCUAAGUCAGAUAAUUCUUCGUUGCAAGUUUCCUCCGAGUGGCAAAUUUAACGAACUCUACUGUAGUGUUGGACCCACGUAUGGUUUUUCGGACCUUGUAUCGAUCGGCGAUUGUAGACGCCUACCACGAGCGCGCAGGCUAUUGGCCAGAUCGACCGUCUGA